CGAAGUCCACAUACUUUUCUGGAAGCUUGGCGCCUGGUAAACUAAACUGUGGAGGAAUCGGAGGGGAUUCGAAUGUCGCCGGACCUCUCAGUCCUCUGCCUCCUCUCCGUAGACACCGACAGAGACCACCGCUCGGACGGCAAUCAACCGCGAUCGGUGCCGAGCCAGCCAAGCGGGAGCCAUGCCUGUCCCCGCAGGAUACGUCAGCGACUCCCCGGCCGCGGCCUUCGCAUCCUCGGCCUCGCUUAUUCCUCCGCCGCCGAUAAACACCCGGCAGCCCGGUGUUGUCACCUCGCUGCUGUACAGCGGCUCCAAGUUCAGGGGCCACCAGAAGAGCAAAGGGAACUCUUACGACGUGGAGGUUGUUUUGCAGCAUGUCACCAUGGAGGAUUCCUACUUGUGUGGCUACCUGAAGAUAAAAGGGCUGACUGAGGAAUACCCGACUCUGACCACGUUCUUCGCUGGGGAGAUCAUCAGCGGGAAGCGGCCCUUUCUCACCCGCAAAUGGGAUGCCGACGAGGAUGUGGAUCGCAAGCAUUGGGGCAAGUUCCAGGCUUUCUACCAGUACGCAAAGACCUUCAACUCGGAUGAUUUUGACUACGAGCACCUGAAGAACUCUGACUAUAUAUUCAUGAGGUGGAAGGAGCAGUUCCUGGUGCCCGACCACACGAUAAAAGACAUCAGCGGAGCCUCCUUUGCUGGAUUCUACUACAUAUGCUUCCAGAAAUCCACGGCAACCAUCGAGGGCUACUACUACCACAGGAGCUCCGAAUGGUACCAGUCCCUGAACCUCACCCACGUUCCCGAGCGCAGCGCAGCCAUCUACGAGUUUCGGCGCCAGCAGGCGGGCAGCGUCACGCAGCCCUUCGUCAGCCAGACGUACCGCUGUGUGGCUGCUUACGAGACAAAGGACACCAACAACCGCCCCUUCAAGGUCGCUGUGGACGAGGCGCUGGAGGUGCUGAUCAAGGACCCGGCAGGCUGGUGGCUGGUGGAGAACGAGAACAAGCUGCUGGCUUGGUUUCCUGCUCCCUACCUGGAGCUAUGGGACCAAGAGGCCGCCGCCGACGAUGACGAUGAUGAUGUGUUCCCACUCGCAGGUGCCCUGUACUGCGUCGUGAGGAGUUACUCCUCCCAGAAGGACGACGAGGUGUCUGUGCCCAUUGGCUCCGUGGUGGAGGUGCUGAGGAGGACUGAUGACGGCUGGUGGUUCAUCAGAUUCAAUGAUAAAGCCGGUUACAUCCCUUCCAUGAACCUGCAACCGUACAACAACCCACGGGCCGGCCUGUACCGCCUGCACAGAAGGCUGCACGACUCCACUCUGACCCUGACGACCAGCGGGGAUCUUCAGCCUUUUCGUCUACCCGGUGUCCUCGACCCUGCAGAUCGGUCGGGACGAGGGCCCGAUGGGCCAGGUCGUCGCAGGAGGGCCCGGUCUCUAGAUAUCCUCUCCGAGACCCAGUCGCCGUCCAUCACAGCGACGGACGACGGCCGCGCACGCAGCCUGAGCGACACCGUCACGGAGACCGGCUUCUCCAACCCCCCCUCACGUAGCCCCCCGCCCUCACGUAGCCCCCCGCCCUCACGCAGCCCCCCGCCCUCACGUAGCCCACAGUCCUCACGCAGCCCCCCGCCCUCACGUAGCCCACCGCCCUCACGUGCGAGAGACCAGGAGCUGUGUGCGAGUCCCACCGGGGGCGGUGACUGGGGGAGCCGCAGCCCCGACGGCGUCCUCUCGGACCGCUGUGGCUCCAGCAUCAGCUCCUACAGCUCCGGGUCUGCGAGCUCCAGCGGCAGUGAGGCGGCUCCCAGGGGCCCCCCCAGAGUGCCCCCCAGGCCCAGAACCGAGGAGAUCCUGACCCGGUGCAGCACCAUGACCCGCAAGGCCGCCCUGGCCUCCAGGACCCGGCUUCAGGUUCAGCCGGAGUCCAUCCACCUCCGUUAGCCGAACGCCAGGCUUCUCGUGAGAUCUUAGGGUAUCACCUGUAGAAGCCCGUGGUCAGGUGUGUUUGGUGCAGCAUCGUUUCUCUUUGAACUAGUGUCGUCGUUGAAGAGCUCGUAACAUGGACAAGAUGAAUGAACACAUGUCGCAACUCGUCAGAAGGAGCCGCAAAGAACAUGACUGUCAUGCAAAAGACCUACUAUGAAUGUUAACUAGAGGGUUUUAAACCAAACCGCUUUAUGUAUCAUUCUUGAUCAAUCACAAUUUUUAACACUACUUUGGUGAUAGAAUAUCUUUCAUCACUGAAUGAUUGUAACUUUAAUAUUUUCUGACUGAACAACGAUGUGAAGCCUCCUUUAUUUGAUUAACUUCCAUUUCAAUUGUAUAGAUAUUUACACUCAUGUAGAGUGUGCUGCAUUAUAACCUGGUCACAAGUUUAACAUGUUAAUAAAAUCAAAUUUACACUUCAGUAACUGUCUUUAAUGAAUAUUAA